GAAAGACGCCUCCAUGACGGUUCAAACCUUCAUUCCCAAUGGUGCCAAAGCUGCCUCAGAAAACACUGUAACCCAGCCACAGCACACCCCAGCCGACGGUGCAGUAAAAAAACUGUAUAUCGAAACGCAAGGGUGUCAGAUGAAUGAGUAUGACAGUCAUCGUAUGGCAGAUCUUUUAGGCGACUCACACGGUUAUAUUUUAACCAAAGAUCCAAGUGACGCAGAUAUCCUGUUAAUGAAUACCUGCUCAAUUCGAGAAAAAGCCCAAGAAAAAGUAUUUUCUGAGUUGGGUCGCUGGCGCAAAUUAAAAGAAAAAAAUCCUGAUCUCGUCAUCGGUGUUGGUGGAUGUGUUGCUUCUCAAGAAGGCGACAACAUUCAAAAACGUGCACCGUAUGUCGAUAUGGUUUUUGGCCCUCAAACCUUGCACCGUUUACCGCAAAUGCUGGAUCAGCAUGUUGAGCAAAUCGAAAAACCGAAAAAAGACAAAAUUAAACUCGUAGAUAUUUCAUUCCCUGACAUUGAAAAAUUCGACUUUUUACCUGAACCGCGUGUUGAAGGUUACAAAGCGUUUGUUUCAAUCAUGGAAGGUUGUUCAAAGUACUGUUCUUUCUGUGUGGUUCCCUAUACUCGUGGUGAAGAAGUUUCUCGUCCUUUGGAUGAUGUCUUGGCAGAAAUCGCUGGUUUGGCUGAAAAAGGCGUUCGUGAAAUUAGCCUUUUAGGACAAAAUGUAAAUGGCUACCGUGGUGAAACUUUUGAAGGUGAAAUUUGUACCUUUGCAGAUUUAUUACGUCUGGUUGCAGAAAUUCCAGGAAUCGGUCGUUUACGUUAUACAACCUCACAUCCGCUCGAAUUUAAUGAAGAUUUAAUUCAAUGCUACCGUGACCUACCACAAAUGGUUUCACAUCUGCAUUUACCAGUACAAAGUGGCUCAAAUGAUGUGUUACAAGCGAUGAAGCGUAACCACACCAUUGAUGUCUAUAUCGAAAAGAUUGCCAAACUGCGUAAAGCUCGUCCAGAUAUGCAUUUAUCUUCAGAUUUCAUCAUCGGCUUCCCUGGUGAAACUGAUGUACAUUUUGAAGAAACCUAUCAGUUUAUCCAAGAUUUAGACUUUGAUCAUUCUUAUAGUUUUGUUUAUUCAAAACGUCCUGGCACACCAGCGUCUGAAUUACCUGAUGACACCUCUGAUGCAGUCAAGAAAGAACGUUUAGCCAAAGUUCAACACUGGAUUAAGCAAUCAAGUAUUCGUAAAACCGAUGCGAUGUUAGGGACCAUUCAACGUGUACUGGUUGAAAAUGUUUCUAAUAAAGAUCCAAAUUUAUUGGUCGGUACAGCUGACAAUACACGUUUAGUAACAUUUGUAGGUGACGCCUCUUGGGUCGGACGCUUUGCAGAGAUUGAGGUUACAGAGAUUAAGACCCUAAAUUUAGUUUAUGGAGAACUCUUGAAUCUUGAGCCUGACGUGGCGAUAUCUCUUGACUGCAGCGAUUCGACGUACAGUAGCUUUUCCAGCAUGUUAGGUGCUUAUAACGGUCAUCUGAAACAAAUCGAACAACGUUUAAAUGUCAACAUUUCUCAUCGCAACGAUAACUUCUAUAUCGAUGGUGAUUUAGAAGCAGUUGAGAGAGCAGAAGGUUUAUUGCAGCGUUUGCAUGCAGAAGCUGAACUCUCUCAGCAAAUCAGUGCUGAUACGAUUCAUUUGAUGAUUCAAGGCAGCCAAACUGACCGUGAGUUACAAGACGACCUUUCAGACAAUGAGCAUACCGGUUUAGAUGAUGUCUGGUUGCAAACGCGUAAAGGUCGAAUCAACCCUCGUGGUGCCAAUCAAAAACGUUAUGUACAACGUAUUCUACAAAGUGAUAUUUCUUUCGGAAUCGGCCCUGCAGGUACAGGUAAAACCUAUCUUGCAGUCGCUGCUGCGGUAGAUAUGCUAGAACGUAAUGAAAUUCAACGUAUCCUUUUGGUUCGCCCUGCUGUUGAAGCUGGAGAAAAACUUGGUUUCUUGCCGGGUGAUUUAAGCCAAAAGAUCGACCCAUAUCUACGCCCGCUAUAUGAUGCGUUGUAUGAAAUGCUUGGUUUUGAAAAAGUUGCAAAACUGAUUGAGCGCCAAGUGAUUGAAGUUGCACCACUUGCUUAUAUGCGUGGUCGUACAUUAAAUCAUUCCUUUGUAAUUCUCGAUGAAGCACAAAACACCACCCCUGAACAGAUGAAGAUGUUUUUGACCCGUUUAGGUUUUGGUUCUCGUGCAGUGAUCACCGGGGAUAUUACACAGGUCGAUUUACCACGCGGGCAACAGUCUGGUCUUGCUCACGCAUUGCGUAUUAUCGAAAAGAUCAAAGAAAUUCACAUCACUCGCUUCCAUUCCCGUGAUGUCGUUCGUCACCAGCUGGUACAAAAAAUUGUAGAGGCUUAUGAAGGAUGGGACAGUGAACAAUACCUGCUGAAGCACGUGCAGAACGUAAAGCACGUCAAGAAGCCU